UCAAUUUUUCGUGCUUCUGCAAACCGGCGAGAUGGCAAAGUUAGAUGAGCGUAUUGGAUUUAUUGGAGGCGGAAAUAUGGCAUUUUCGAUUGGUUCCGGCCUUAUUCGCGGUGGAAUUGUUAAGGCCAGCCAGGUGAUGGUGUCAGGACCGCAUAUUGAAAAUCUGUCCCGCUGGCGUGAACUAGGCGCAACUACAACUGAUGAAAACAACGACGUAUUGGAGCACACCGAUAUUAUUUUCAUCUGCGUAAAGCCUCAUAUGCUGGAGCCUUGUGCAGCACAGCUUAAAUACAAACACGUUCCGUCGGCAAAAGACGCAAACAAGCUGUUCGUCUCAGUUUUAGCAGGCACAACCCUACAAGCGUUAGAGGAGACAUUCGCGUUCAUAGGAAUAUCGGGCUUAAAAAUGAUACGAACAAUGCCCAAUACUUCUAUGCAGGUAGGAGAGGGAUGCACUGUUUACACUGGCAAUGCGCAUGUCGCACACCAGGAUCUAGAAAAAGUUCAUUUAAUGCUAAACUCAUUGGGUUUGGCGCAACAAAUACCAGAGCCAAUGAUCGACGCAGUCACUGGUGUGACCGGCUGCGGACCAGCUUUUGUUUAUACCAUUAUUGAGUCUCUUGCCGAUGGUGCAGUGAAACAGGGAGUACCACGUCAGAUGGCAUUACAAUUUGCCGCACAGACUUUACUAGGCGCCGCCAAGACGGUGCUUUUGACCGGAAAGCAUCCAGCUGUCCUGCGCGAUGAGGUAUGUUCACCUGGUGGCUCAACUAUCGUCGGCGUACAUGAGCUGGAAAAGGGAAACCUCAGAGCUACGAUUAUUAAUGCCGUGGAGAAGUCUUCAUUACGCUCAGCUGAGCUGGGCAAAAAGUAAAGUGUCCCAAACCAUUGAGUGUGUUCCUCUACAGGUAAACCUCCCUAGGCAUAUACGACAAAAAGUUCCAUUUAAAUAUACUAAAGUCGGUGAUAUAAUCAA